ACCAUUCAUUCCAUUCUCAGGUAAUGGCUGCCCUGUAUAAAAAUACCGACGUGAAAAAUAACCAAGCUUUGAUGGAAAUUUUGAAGUACCACUUUGCGAAAGGUGUCCACAGCUGGUCAAGAAUGUACAACAACAUGGAGUUAGACACACUGAACAAUGAUGGCAAAAAACUUCGCAUCAAUGAAUACGCAAGGUUUUCCUUCAAUACCAAAUGGACUCACACUGUGCAGUGCGUUAGAACCUUGACCGGUCCAAUCCGAACAUGCAAUGGAAUUGUUUAUUUAAUUGAAAAGAUGUUGACUCCACCUGAAAGUGAUGUGAUGACUAUCCUGAGAAAAGACUCACGUCUGACAACAUUUGUCAACGCUCUCAACAAAACCGGUCUGAUUAAUCAAAUCCAGAACAAAACAGAAGCUUUCACUAUCUUUGCCCCGACCAAUGAUGCGUUCAACAAGUUAAAUGCCCGACAAAGGGAACAAGUGGAAUCGAACCCAUCUAUUCUGUCGGCGUAUAUCUAUGACACUUCCGUCUGCUGCUCCAGCCUGGAAGGAAGCGGCUUCCGUUUCCGCGGCGGACACAUCAUAUCCUGUGACAACAUGGCAACUGACGGUGUCGUCCACAUCGUUGACAGAAUCAGCGUCAGGAAGCGACACUCCUGGUGGCACAGGUUCUUCUCGUUCGACAAUAUUUUCUAAAUAAGACAACAACAUCGCAAGAAUAUAUAAACGCAUCAACAUACAUGAACACAUAUACAUACAUGCUUCGUUUGGUAGUCACGAACAGAGUUUGAUUGACUGACAGGCAGAUAGACAAACAGACAGAAACAAUGGAAUAUACAUAUAUAUACAUACGCAGCAGACACACAUA